UCGAGGGUGCAAAGCAAAGUUUCUAGGAGGUUCGGUGGUAUGCUUCCCCGUAAAAGUUUGAAAACUAGAUGUCCUGAAAUGCAAUUUCUUGCAUUCUACAAGUAAAAUUCAUCUCUGCCUUAAAAUGUACUUCCAAUAAUAUUUUUAUUCAGAAUUAUUGGGAGGGGGAUAGAGCCCCCAGCCCUCCUCCCCCAUCCGCUCCGCCAUGCCUGUACAAGCGCCACGUGUUUAGGAGUGUCUCUUCACCAAGUUUGUUUUUCCAAAUAGAGAAUCUGUAGGCUUGGUCGCACAAUCGUUGUUAACAUUCACAAAUUUAUAUAAAGAAAUCUGAGUGACUUUUAAAACAGAUUAAAAUAGCACAUUACUUCCGAAAAGUGAAAUAAAUUACCUAAAAAUUGACAUGCUGACGUAUUGCAGGUAUUAAGCUCUGCCGCCUGUGUUUACCAAGAAGAAAGGAUGUGAGAUAACGGGGUGAAUAUAAGCCUGUAUUUAACAGUGAUCGGCCCUUUGAGCAAAUGAAACGUCUUGCAGACAGACCCGCCACCAUGUGGAGUAUUUUUUGUGUUUUGUUUUUAACCCCGGUAACUCUUUCUUUGACGGACAGACGACUGCCGUACGGAACCUGCGUGUGCGUUACGGAGGCGUUCGUAGACGCAUUCAAAACCCCUAGCUGGACCAGCGAAAGAAUCACGUACCUCGCUAGAAACGAGUGUCUGAAAACUACGGGUCAGGUUAUCGAGUCAGGGGGUGAUGUCUGGUACGCUGUUACGGUCAAAAAUGAAGAAUUGAACCAUCAAGUGUUAUGGUAUAUUAAUGUUUUGAACUGUAGGAAUUGA